AUGAAUGCUAGUGAAGCAGAUAAGGCUGAUGCUGCUUGUAAUUGUAUGACGCUUUUUGGAAUGAAUUUUGAACAACCUCAGACCCCAAAAGCAAAAACAACAAGAGAACAGAACGGAACCCAAGCCAAGCUCGAGAUCAAAGGUGGGUCCGGCCCUUACUUUGAGCUUCAUAGCCUCUAUGUUCCCAUGGAUGUUAAGGAGAGUCUUUUGUUGCUGAUUGCGAGGCACAUGAGGGAGAGGAGUUCACUGGACGCUUUCCAACUCUUUUCCCACAGACUUGAGAAGGAUCCGUCGGAAGAGACCAUAAGAAGUCUGCAAGAAACUUCGUAG